AUGCCAGCCGGGCUCUCCGCAUCGAAGGAUCAUGUGCAGGCGAGCAUCGGGCCGAAAGAUCUGUAUCUGCUAGUGGCGCUUAUGUACGCCGCUGCGUCACUCAUCAGCCUCAUGACCAUGACGUCCAUCCAUGGAUGUUCGACUGCGCUCGCUCCCUUGGCGAGAACCGAUCCAGCCGGCCGCCCCGGCUUCACGCUAAAACUGGUCCUGGGACUCGCCAAGCCGUUGGGACAAGAAAAGAAACCUUGGCAAGGCGCCGCUGACCACGCCAAGGAGCCGGCGAGCGCCCCUUGUGCGGGGAAAAGCUUGAACGCCGAAACGAUUGGUGAGGCUAUCUACCAUCCACAGACCAGUUCGCCAUGUCUUCAUAUCGAAGCUUCAAAAUCGAAAGUCAAUUGGUGCCGGGAAGCGAACAAUGAAAGUCUUGAAGACCCCUCAAAGACGGCGCGCGAAGGAAGCGAGCCGAAAGCACAAACCUGGAGUGAAAGACAGUCAACGGACGCUCAUCCCAUGCACCUGCAGCAUCCCGAGGCCAUCGCUGGUAUUCAGGGCCGGCCGAUCGUCUUCGAGCCAUGCCGCAGUCUCACUUGCACAGGCCGGGAAGUCGUUUACAAGCUCCCUCUCAUUGGUGAAUCCAUUCCAAGCGCGGUGUACCACGGCUUGCUGGACGUGAAACCGGACCGCCCCUGGCCCUUCUGGAUUUGACUUCCCGACUCGUCGGCUCAACAAUGAGCUCUUCCCGUUUCCUACCAUCAUCGCUGCUCCCUUGGACCCAAUGUGCCGACCUGAAGGACGUCGUCACACAUAGGGCUUGAGUGCCUGGUCAAGUCCGCCAGCAAUCAAUGCUUUCCAAGUCCAAAGCCCAGCCCUCCC